AUAAAAAUGAUACUAAUGAGCAAUAAAUAUUGUUCUCAACAAACGAUAGAUAUUACAUCACCAACAUCAUCACGUAAUCAAUGUUGGAAUAACUCAAAUAAUUUAUCAACGAAUCAAACAGGUGACGCUUGUGUUUGGUCAAAUGAAAAUAAAUCAACAAUUGAUGUUGAGGAUUUAGCUAAUGUAUUUCUAUCAUCAUCAUCAUCACAAAAAAUAACAGAUUCAUAUUGUCAAACUAGAAGACAACAUUCAACAAAUCAUCGUGUAUUUCGUGGUACAUUUAAUCAUCAAACAGCAAGAUCAAACACGUUGCCAUAUCAAUGUGUUACUAAAAAUACAAAUAAUUGUUGGAAUAAUUGUUCAUCUUCUUUUAUUAAUUGUCAAGAUGAUGAUAAUAAUAAUAAUAAUAAAUAUUUAAAUUAUCCAUGUAGUGAAACAGAAUGGUUAAAUUGUCCAAUAACAAAUUGUCCUGUUUAUACAUCAAGCGUUGAUAAUUCAUACAAUGAUAAAUUAAAUUAUCAUCAUGUUUAUCAAACUCCAUCAUAUUUUAUUGAUGGUACACUUAAUGAAUUUGAAUAUUAUCGUGGUAGCUAUCCAAAUUAUUGUCCUCUUAUUCAAGAUGACGAGGAUCGACAGUGUCUUGAAGAUUAUCUGAGCAAUGAAAAAAGAAAAGAAAAAUCACGUGAUGCAGCAAGAUGUCGUAGAAGUAAAGAAACAGAUAUUUUUGGUGAACUUGCUGCUGCAUUACCAAUAUCAACUGAUCAAGCAGCAAAUCUUGACAAAGCCAGUAUCAUGAGACUUGCUAUUGCAUAUCUAAAAGUUCGAAGUGUUAUUGAUGAAUCUGCAAUUGAGCCAGUUGUUGAAACAAAUACUGUUUCCAAAAUGAGUUCACUAUUUCCUGAUGCAUUGAAUGGUUUUAUGCUGGUUCUUUCAAGCAAUGGAGAUAUGGUUUAUCUGUCGGAAAAUGUUACUGAAUACUUGGGUGUAUCACAGAUUGAAUUGAUGGGUCAAAGUGUAUUUGAAUACAGUCAUCCAUGUGAUCAUGCUGAAAUUCGUGAAUGUCUAUCAAUAAAAACCAGUGACAUUAAUGAAAAGCCUCCUUGUAAUUUUUUUUUACGUCUUAAAUGUACAUUGACUAACAAGGGUCGUAAAGUUAAUCUUAAAAGUGCUUCAUACAAGGUUAUUCAUUGUAUUGGACGUCCAAUGAUGAUUAAAGAAGCUACCCAAUCAAAUGAUACCACAGAUUUACCAAGCUCUGAAUCAUCAGGUUCAGUUACAUGUUCAGAAGACAGUCAAGAUUGUUCUGAUAAUGUUAAUGUUAAUCGUCAAACAACUGGUGUUUGUCUUGUUGUUGUUGGAUGUCCAAUUCCUCAUCCAAGUAAUAUUGAAGUACCACUUGGUCAUGAUACUAUUCUAUCAAAACAUAAUCUCAAUAUGAAAUUUACUUAUGUCGAUGAAAGACUCUCUGAAUAUCUUGGCUGGAGUAAUAAUGAUUUAGUUGGUAAAUCAGUCUUUGAAUUUUAUCAUGCACUUGAUAAUUCAGCCCUUGAUAAAUCCCUCAAAUCACUAUUUAGCAAAGGACAAUGUGAAACAAUGGCAUAUCGUUUUUUGAAUAAAACUGGUGGUUUUGUUUGGGUUGUUACACAGGCAACACUCAUACGAUGUACAAAACAACAAAAACCCUUGUCAGUUGUUUGUGUCAAUUACAUCCUGAGUGGUGUCGAGUGCAAGGAUGAAAUUUAUAGUAUACGUCAAUUGGAAGCAACAAAUGACAAACAAUUAAUAACAUCAAAUGAAAAUAAUAAUAAUAUUGAAGAUACAAAUAUUGAAAAUAUAAAUCCAAAAAUAAUAAGUGAAAAAAGAAUAACUAGACCAUGUUCUGUAACAGCAUCAAUAUUUAAAGAUCGUGUACCAGAUAAAAAAUUGUCUAAUGAUAAUACAACAACAAUAACAACAACAACAAAUGUUGAUGAUAAAAAAGAUAAUAAACGUUCAUCAAAUUGUCAAAAUCAGGAUAAAUUAGUUGCUGAUUACGAUACAACAAUUUUACGUAAUCGUAGUGGUGGUAAUAGACCACAAGCUGUUACUAGAAAUAUUUUUUGUCAGGAUAAUCCAUUAUCAGGUAGACCACAAACAACAACAGCAAGUAUAUUUGCACCUCGUACUGAGGACAUGAGCAAAGGUUUUCUUACAUUUAGUGAGGAUCAACCAGGUUUAACAAUGUUGAAAGAUGAACCAGAAGAUUUAACACAUUUAGCACCAACACCUGGUGAUGUAUGUGUACCACUUGAAGACACACCAUUUAUAUCAGAUAUGCUUGAUGAAUUUAUACUUGGUAAUGAAGUUUAUUGUCCAUUAUUAAGUCCAUCAUUACCACCAGAAUUAAAUGACGAUGUUGAUUUAAUAAAUGAUGAUAAUAUAAAAAAUACAAAUAAUAAUACAACAACAACAACAACAGCAACAACAAUUGUUGAUGGUGAUCCAUUUUUUUAUGCUGAUAAUGAUUCAAGUACAAAUUGUUGUUUAAGUAAUUCAGAUGAUUUAUUAACACCAAUAAUUGAUAAAAGUCCAGAACAACAUAGUAUUGAUUCAUUAUAUAGCCAUGAUGAUAAUAGUAAUGGUAUUGGUUCUGGUAUAUCUGAUGAUGAUAUGUUAAUGUUAAGUAUUAAUGAUGUUAUUGCUGAUGAGGAACUUGCAUUACGUGCACCAUAUAUACCAAUGUCUGAUCAAGAUGAAGCAUUACAAUUACUCAUAAGUGAUGAUAUGGUCAUGUGGGGUCCAACACAAACAUCAGAAAAAAAAUCUAAAUGGGAUAACAAUGAUGAUGAUGUUGAUGUUGAUGAUACUAAAAAAUUUAAUGAAUCAAGUUUAGCUAAAUUGCUGAAAGGUACUAGUGAUGAUAUUGAUAAACGUACUAUUGAAAAUUAUAUUGUUGAUCCAGUUCAAGUACUUGGACAAAAUUGUAAAAAAGGUACAAAUAAACGUAAUCAUGGAACAAUGUUGUCAACAAAUGAAAGUGAUAAAAAAAGAAUUCGUUAUCAAGAUACAACAAAGCAGCCAUCACCAAUAGUUUCAAAUGAUAUUUAUUCAAUAAAUAUGCCAACGAUAUUAACUGCAACAACAACGACAAAUGGACAAAUUGAUAGAUUAACAAUACUAAAUGAUGAUAAAAUAAAUAACAAUGAUGAUGAAUUAAGAAUGGGAGGUAAUAAAAUGCUUUUGGAACAAUUAAUGGAACAAUGUCAUGAAAGAAUAACAAUUAAAACACCAAUUGAUAAAAGAAAUGAAAGAAAUAAUCGUCAAGAAGAAAAAGAAGAUGAUGAUGAUGGCGGUGGUGGUGGUGGUGAUGAUGCUGGUGGCAUUAAAUAUCAACAUGAUGAUGCCAAAAGACAGUCAAAUAGUGUACUCAUGAACCUACUUGUUUCCGGUUGCGAUAAAACCUGUGUUGAAUUGCCGAGAAAUUAUUCACCACUGAAAAUAUCAACAGAUGAUCCAUUUGUCGAUCAAGAUGCACCAUUAUCAAGUCCAUAUUUAUCAAACAUGAUAAUAAAUCAAGAUUCACAAUGUAUCAAGAAUAUCGAAGAUUUAACAUCAUCAUUACUCAUCAAUAAUUCUCCAUUUAUCGAUGAUGAUGAUUUUAAUUACAACAUCAACACUGAACCAUUAUCUCCAGGCUCAGAACUCUUGCAAGUCCUCGGUCAAUAAAAUUAAAAAUAAUCAUCAUUUAUUCAUCAACAAUGGGGCCUUACUAAUCAACCAAUAACCAAUUUUUUUUUAACAAAAUCAAAUAGAGUUAAUAAAUAUAUAAAAUGUACUAUAUUAAUUAUUUUAUCAUGAGACGAAAAUUGUCAAUUUAAUUUUUUUCUUUUUAAAUUAAACUAAUCACCAAACAAGAUAUUCAUUAAAAUUUAUUAUAAACAAUAUAUUGUGAAAAUAAAAUUAAUCUAAUAAUAUUAAUAAUAUUUUUUAAAUAAUAUGCAGCUUGUAGAAAAAAAAAAAAGAAAAAAAAACGUUUGUAAAAUGUUGCUUUUUAUUUUUGUUGAUUUAUAUUAUGAAUAAUUUUUUAAUGAUAAAUUUAUAUAAAUAUAAUAGAUAUAAUUUGAGUUUUUAAAAUGAAAAUUAUUAGAUUUAAUUUUUAUAAUUAAUUAAUGUAUAAGUUUAUUAUUAUCUUGGUUUAAAAUUGAUAAAUUUAUGUACGUCAAUGGAUCAAAGCGCAUGUUCGAAGUCUAAUAUUUCUCAAUUAUAUUUUUUUUAUGUUUUUUUUUUGUAAUGUAUCUAUCAUAUUGUGCAUUUACAUGAGAAAAAAUUGAUUUAUAAAAUUAUUUUAGUGCCAAAUUGACAAAUCAAGAUAUAUAUUUAAUUUUUUUCUCACAAAAUUGUUAUAAAUUUAUUUAAAAAUCAAUUUUUCAAAACUACUGUAUGCAAAUUCUAAUCAAAUAUUAUUAUCAAUGUAUAAAUAAUGAAAGAAAAAACCAAUAAUAAAAAAAAAAUUAUAUAUA